UCUCGAUCGCGCAGGUUCCGACUCGCGGGACGUGUACAUUAUUUUUUCAAAUUGGCUUCGAUCGAUUUAUAAGAUCGGUGUUUGAUAUAAAGCAGUGCGUCGUGUGUGCGCGUGUGUGUUUUCAUUUUUGGACUGUAAAGUCGAGACUUUUUUCAAGAAAGUGACACACCGACUCGUCUUAACAAGUCAUCAUCAUCGGAUAUGGUUGAGAAUCGUCGGCUCGGGGUGAUGACGCGCGGCCACCGUCUCCUGCUCUUGGUGGCCGCCGCUUCCUGCCUGGUGGGUACGGCACGGUCCAGCGUCCUGGUGGCCGAUCUCGCGAUGACGCGCAUGGUCGAGCUCAACGCCGGCGCCCCGUUCUGCGAGCUGUAUCACGAUCGCGGCGUCAUACAGCGCAUGGUGCUGGGCUCGGAUCCGAAAAAGGUCCGCCAGAUAUCGGGCAAUCUCGUGGCCGAUCUCGAGGAGACCUGCAAGGCGUCGCGCAGCAAAGGAAAGAAUCAAUCGGCAUCGGCCGGCAUCAUGUAUCCGGGCACGAACUGGUGCGGCCCGGGCAAUCGCGCCAAGAGCUACGACGAUCUGGGGCCGCACGCCCUGGAGGACGCCUGCUGCCGCGAGCACGACCACUGCCCGCAGACGAUCGAGCCCCAGCAGUGCAUCCACGGCAUCUGCAACAAGUCGCCGUUCACGCGCUCCCACUGCGACUGCGACGCCAAGUUCAGGCGCUGCCUGCAGACCAUCAACACCGAGGUGGCCAACACCCUCGGCGCUCUGUUCUUCAACGUGAUACAGGUGACGUGCUUCAAGGAGCGACGUCCCUGCUCCCAGUGGCAGAGAAAUGGCUACACAGAAUCCGAAUGGGCAAAAAUAUGCUCCCAGUUCAAAUUCCAGCCAAGUGACAAAUACGUGCCAUUGAUGCCUCUCAAUAUCUAGUGAUUGUCUGAAUAAUGAUAAUUUAUUCAAUAAUUUAGGCGUGCUUUUGCUUUCGAAAGUGCAAAUAAACACUUGUUAGUUCUUAGAAUUUUUAUGCAUUGUGAUAGAUUACGAAUUUUUUCUUCUAUAUAGUUGUACAGCUUGCAAUUUUUUAAUUUAAGGUGAUGAAAACAAUCAAAUGUUGUUAUCCUAUGACGUGAUACUAGUCUUAUUUUCCUAUCUGCUGAUGUAAAACGCUAUAUUGAUGUUGCAAUAAAGACUUCAGUAUUA